CCGAGUAAGCCGAUUUGCAAACCCAUUCAUCACCGGCGCGCAGUGUGUUGCAGCUGCAGGUCAAACCUAGAGAAACCUAGACUACUCAGAUGCAAGUAUCUGCUUUUUCGUUUUAUGUUGGAGUGGAAUUUGGUGCAUGCCACGCAGAAUAGCAUAGUUGCUCGGACCAAUGUCGAAAGGGAUGUUUUGUGGGGUUGCUGAUGAGAGGACGUCCUGAAACAAUUAGCCUAUUCGUGUGUAGUUCUCUGCAGUAGCUUUUUUUCUCUUAUGAUACAAUCGAUUUUGAUAGCAGUUGUGAAAUACUGGUGAAAAACACUUUUUGGAUUCAGUAGUAGCCAUUACACAGGCAUGACAAAGCCAGCGUCCUUUACCGAUGUCCGUGUCUUUGAGAUCAACGCACCUGUCGCAGCGCUCUAUCGCCAACGCCGUUCUUUAUCAGUGCUGUCCGUGCAUUAGUCCCCGCACUUACCGCAGGAAGAGAAAAAACUGCUGGAGUUGUUACGUACCCGAAGAAAUCCCUGUUGAAAAUCAGUCAGAUAUGGGUCGCAAGGAGGCUGAGUAUGACUGGAAGAAAAGCACGGAGAACAUCCAGGAGGUGUUUGACUUCAUGGAGGUGCUCGGAUCUGGGGCAUUCUCUGAGGUCUACAUGGUGAAGGAGAAGAAGACAGGAAAGCUCUUCGCCAUGAAGUGUGUGAAGAAGAAGAACAAGAGGGACCUGAACCUGGAGAACGAGAUCGCCGUACUGAGGAAGAUCCAACAUGAAAAUGUGGUGUGUCUGGAGGAUUUCUACGAGAGCCGGAGCCACUAUUAUCUGGUCAUGCAGCUUGUGUCUGGAGGGGAGUUGUUUGACCGGAUUUUGGACAGGGGCAUGUACUCAGAGAAGGAUGCCAGUCAUGUUAUCAAACAGGUGCUGGAGGCGGUCAGCUAUCUGCACAAUAAUGGCAUUGUUCAUCGAGACCUAAAGCCUGAAAACCUGCUGUACUACAGUGCAGAUGAAAACUCUAAGAUCAUGAUCAGUGACUUUGGUCUGUCAAAGAUGGAGGACAACGGCAUCAUGUCCACUGCCUGUGGCACCCCUGGCUAUGUGGCCCCUGAGGUGCUGGCCCAGAAACCCUACAGCAAGGCAGUGGACUGUUGGUCCAUUGGAGUCAUCACCUACAUUCUUCUCUGUGGCUAUCCGCCUUUCUAUGAGGAAACAGAGACUCGUCUCUUCUCUAAGAUCAUGAAGGGUCAAUAUGAGUUUGACUCUCCAUUCUGGGAUGACAUCUCAGAUUCUGCUAAAGACUUCAUUCGGAACAUGAUGCAGAAGAACCCAAAGAUGCGCUACACAACGGACCAGGCCCUCAGGCACCCCUGGAUCAUCGGGAAGACAGCGCGCUGUCAAGACAUCUAUCACUCCGUCAGUGAGCAGAUGCAGAGAAAUUUUGUCAAGACCAAGUGGAAGCAAGCCUAUAAUGCGGCAGUGGCUAUCAACCACAUGAGAAAGCUGCAGCUGGCUCACUCCGAGCUGGGCUUGCAUCAGGACCGCACCGUACCGGACAUCAACAUUAUGGAGGUGUCCACCGUCGCCCCACCCAAGGAGGCCAGCAAGGAACCCAACAGCGACGAGGUCAACGGCAACGUCCCGGCCAAUCACAGCGCAGCUGUGGUUCACAUGUGUGUGCCACACAGCUGUAGUCAGGCAGCGCUGAGCGCCGGUAAGCGUGAGCUCACGGAGCGGGCGGCCAGCCCUACUCGCCCGCACGGCGGCACUCUCCCCAUGCACGCUGGAACGCUGACCAGCGCUGAGCGGGGCAAGCAUGUUUACCACUCCGAGCCUGCCAACCUAAACGGGUACAGUACUAGAGCUACCAAUCGUUGGGGCCAGAGUCUGCAGACUGGUGUGUGCUCCGUCAUGUGAUCGCAUGGGAGGUUCACCAUGACUUUAAUUGACCAAGUCAGUAUUUCUGACCCAGCCAAUGACUGUUUGGAAAGGGGCAGAGCCCACAGGCAGACAGGAAAGCUCAUUGGACAACAGCCUAUGGAUGGAGAGACUCUGAAUCCACAGCAGUUCAGAGGGUGCCAAGAGGUCUCCCUAUACACAUAUGCGUAACACACAUAAAGUAUACCUAAAAUACACACACCACACCAAGCGCUGUCUGCUCACAUCAACAAUGUUUUUGUGAAGAGCAGCUAACUUCCCAGCAUCUGGACACUUGCUAAAGAUAAUUCUUGUCCAGUAAAACAAACUGUUCAUAUAUCAGUGUGAUCAAACACAGAGUAUUAAUGUGUGUGUGAGAUCCGCGCCUGUGUGUGUCUCCCAACAGACACACUCUAUUCUGCCUCUGACAAGCAGAGGUAUUGGGACAGGAUGUCUGUCUGCGUUAAGCGCUUCAGUGUAUUGGUGCUUCUGUGUCUCUGUGCUAUUCCACUCCCCUAGCCGAGCACCACCGCAUGCGAUGCCUACUCAUGCUACUGUAGAAGGCUUACUGCUAUGGUGUGCUCAACUCACACUCUUGUGUGAACUCUGCAACAUAAAUUACAAGCACUAUGAUUAACUAUUUAUGAUAGAUGUCUUGUAUAUUUUCACAUUUCCUUCAUCUAGAUUCUUUAGAACCAUGCUAUAUUUUUUAUAUUUCAUGUAUUCAUAUACCAUGUAUAUACUUUUGAUUUUUUUAAAACAAAAAGAAAGAAAGAAAAAAUAUUGGCAUAUACUCACAUGCUCACCUUCAUGUAUGGUCAUCUUGUUGUUCCUUGAUUCAAUAUAGUCUACAUACAGUAUAACUGGCCUAUUGCUGCCUCCCUGUUGUCUGUGUUGGUUGUUGUGGUUUUGUUUGUUGUUGUGACUGACAAUUCUCCUGCCCGAAGACCAGAGGCAUGUGUGGUCACAGGAGAUACUAGUUUCUCACUGUGAAAUACUUCCCUUCUGUGAAUAAUAAAGAGACCAUCCCCA